AUGUCAACACGGGACCGACCGAACGACCUACUGGCUCCGUCCCAACGCGAAAAUCGAGCACACCGGGGCGUGACGGUCACCCAGAGCCACAUGUGCGUCCAUUGCGCAAGAAACAGGCUAUUAAAUUGCUACGAGCAAGGGUUUCUGAACCUGCAGCGCGGUGUAUUUGAUCUCGAUGACUACGAAGCUGGCUACGACGCACAGUACUGCCUUAGCGCAGAAGAUGACGGCGAGCGUGCGACGACAUACGAGCAAGUGCUUAGGAGAGAGUACAAGAAAGACUGGAUGCGUGCCAUGAAGAGCGAGAUCAAGUCGCUCGCUCAGCACAAUACAUGUACUUUUGUAUAUAUUCCUAGCGACAGAGGUCGAUCGGGUGCAAGUGGGUUUUUCGAAUAUAGCGAAAUCAAUCCGGGCGAUUGUAAAGUUCAAGGCACGGCUCGUGGCAAAGGGAUCCACACAGCGUCCCGGCGUGGACUAUUUCGAUAA